AUGCCCGCCCCGGACGUCGUCUCGUACAACGCCCUGAUGGAUGGGUACGUCAAGGCUGGGCGGCUGGGGCUCGCCAUGAGGGAGUUCGAGGGGAUGCCGGAGCGGGACGCCAUGUCAUGGGGCACGGUAGUCGCAGGGUGUGCCAAGGCUGGGCGGUUGGAGGAGGCAGUGCGGCUGUUUGACAGGAUGAGGAAGGAAGGAUUCAGGCCGGACGACGUCGCGUUGGCCGCGGUGCUGUCGUGCUGCGCGCAGCUCGGCGCGCUGGAGAAGGGGCGGGAGGUGCAUGACUAUGUGAGGCAGAACAUUCCCCGGCCAAACGUGUUCUUGUGUACAGGGAUUGUUGAUCUCUAUGCAAAGUGUGGGUGCGUCGAGGUUGCCAGGGAGGUAUUUGAAGCAUGUCCUGAGAAGAACGUGUUCACGUGGAAUGCGCUCAUUGUCGGUCUGGCAAUGCAUGGCCAUGGCAGGGUGGCACUGGAAUAUUUCGACCGCAUGCUGGUUGAGGGCUUUCGACCAGACGGGACCACUUUCCUCGGUGUGUUGAUUGGUUGCAGCCAUGCUGGCCUUGUGGACACGUCAAGGAGGAUAUUCUGUGAGAUGGAGGGCAAGCAUGGCGUUCAUCGAGAGUUGAAACAUUAUGGAUGUAUGGCUGAUCUGCUUGGCCGAGCUGGGUUUAUUGAGGAAGCAAUGGAGAUGGUCAAGAAGAUGCCAAUGGAGGGGGACUCAUAUGUCUGGGGAGGCAUACUGGCUGGCUGCAGAAUGCAUGGGAAUGUAGACUAUGCUGAAGUAGCUGCCCAGCAUUUACUGGAGCUGAACCCUGAAGACGGUGGGGUAUACUCUGUCAUGGCCGGAAUCUAUGCAGAUGCCAGUAGAUGGGAGGAUGUUGCGAGGAUAAGGAAAUUGAUGGAUGAAAGGAUCGGUAAGAGGAAUGCUGGUUGCAGUUUGAUCACGAUGGAGUGCAAAGAUGGUAUCAAGAUAAUGAGCUGA